AUGGUUACAAAAGGUGUUAGAAAACUUACAUUGGUGAUGGUGGAAUUGUUUUUCCUUAUUCUCCUUGAUGCAACAGCAGGGUAUGAAUUGCUGAGCUUCAUGGACGCCUUUACGGGCUAUAAUCAGAUUUUCAUGCAUCCAUCUGAUCAAGAGAAGACAGCUUUCAUUACCGACCGAGACUUGUAUUGCUACAAGGUCAUGCCAUUCGGUCUAAAAAAUGCCCGUGCAACAUACCAAAGGCUAGUAAACCGAAUGUUUCUGGAACAGAUUGGGAAGAAUAUGGAGGUUUAUGUUGAUGACAUGCUGGUCAAAAGCAAGCUGCAGAUGGACCAUGUUACCGACUUGCAGGAGGUGUUCAAAACAUUGGAGCGUUUUAAGAUGGAGUUGAACCCUACAAAGUGCGCAUUCGGAGUUUCAUCUGAGAAAUUCCUCGGUUAUAUGGUGUCUAGCCGAGGGAUCGAGGCUAAUCCAGAAAAGAUCCAGGCGGUAUUAGAUAUGCAAUCUCUGAAGAAUGUGAAGCAGGUACAGCAGUUGACAGGAAGGAUCGCAACCUUGAAUAGGUUCAUUUCUCGGUCGACAGAUAAGUGCCUUCUAUUUUUUAAGAUUUUACGCAAGGCUUUCGAAUGGUCUGAAGAGUGCGAACAGGCGUUCGAACAACUUAAAAGGUAUCUGGUUAGUCCACCUCUCCUCAGCCGAGCUGUUCCUGGUGAAACAUUGUACCUAUACUUGGCAGUAUCACCAACUGCUGUCAGUGCGGCCUUGAUCCGGGAGGAAGAAGGAGUUCAAAAGCCAGUUUACUUCAUUAGCCGAGCACUGCAUGGUGCUGAGGAAAGAUAUGUACAGAUGGAGAAAUUUGCUUUCGCCUUAGUAAUUGCCUCCAGGAAGCUCCGACCGUACUUCCAAGCUCAUACAAUCAAUGUUCUAACCGAGUAUCCGUUGAAAAAAGUGCUUCGGAAACUAGAUUUGUUUGGUCGGCUGGUCAACUGGGCAAUCGAAAUUAGUGAAUUUGACAUUCACUAUGGCCCACGUAGUGCUGUUAAAGGCCAAGCCUUAGCAGACUUUGUGGUAGAAUUCACCAACAUUCAGGACCAAGAGGAUUGGCCGAAAGAGAGCACAUGGGUAAUUUAUGUGGAUGGUUCGUCUACCAAAAGAAACGGUGGAGCCGGGGUCGUAAUAAUUACGCCAGAUGGAAGAGAGUUGAAGAGCUCAUUAAGGUUGGAAUUCAAAACUACCAACAACGAAGCCGAGUAUGAAGCUGUAAUAGCUGGGCUCGGUUUGGCUCAAGAGCUGGAAGCAGAAUUGGUGGAAGUUCGGAGUGAUUCACAAGUUAUAGUUGGCCAUAUCCGCGGCGAGUUUGAGGCUAAAAGCACAAAUAUGAAACUCUACCUGUCCAAAAUUCAGGGUAUGCUAAAAUUUUUUAAGAAGUUUUGCAUUGUUAAAAUCCAAAGGGAAGAGAAUGAGAAGGCCGACCAUUUGGCCCGUUUAGGCUCUUCGACCGAGUCUGAGGUAGGAGAAUCCGAACAGGUAAUACAAGUUCAGCAACAGCCUUCUAUCACCGAGAAGGUUUUUAUUCUAACCAUCGAGGUUGCGCCCGCUUGGGCUGAAGAAAUUGUUGGUUUCCUUGAAAGAGGAAUUUUGCCGGGGGAGAGGAAAAAGGCUGUACGGUUGAAACAAAAGGCUGCUCGGUUCACACUAGUCAAUGGAGCUCUUUUCAAGCGAGGCUUCAUGUUACCACUACUUAAAUGUGUCUCAAAGGAAGAGGGUAAUUAUGUUCUUCGAGAGAUUCAUGAAGGAGUCUGUGGCAGUCACUCAGGACCCCGCAUCUUGGCUCACAAAGCAGUAAGAGCAGGAUUCUUCUGGCCAAGCAUGAACCAGGACUCCAUAAAUAUUGUCAAAACUUAUGAUAGCUAUAUAGUGGGGCCAUUACCUACAGGAAAAGGAGGAGUUCGGUUCGUGGUGGUCGUUGUAGACUAUUUCACUAAAUGGGCAGAAGCCGAAGCUUUGGUGAAUAUUACCGCUAAGAACAUCGAGAAAUUUCUUUGGAGAAGCGUCAUUUGUCGAUAUGGGAUUCCUCACGCAUUUGUCACUGACAAUGGUAAGCAGUUUGACUGUGAGUCCUUUCGGAGUUGGUGUGCCGGACUCCAUGUUCGACAAUAUUUCUCAUCUCCGGGACACCCUCACGCAAACGGACAGGUAGAAGCAAUGAACAAAACCAUAUUCAAGAUUCUAAAGAAGAAGCUUGGCCAGCAUAAGGGUGAAUGGUCAGAAAAUCUGCCCGAAGUUCUAUGGGCAUACCGCACAACCAGAAAUACUCCAACCGAGGAGACGCCUUUCGCUUUAGCCUACCGAACCGAGGCUGUCAUUCCUGCCGAGGUCGGAUCAGGAAGUUUUCGAGUAGACACAUUCAACCCUAAUUUCAACGACGAAGGUCUAAAGUUACAUUUAGACUUGCUGCAAGAAAAACAAGAUCAGGCCCAGGUUACAAUGGCAGCAUAUCAACAAAGGGUAUCUCGGUAUUUCAACCGACGAGUGAAGCAUCGAAGUUUCAAAGUCGGAGAUUUGGUUUUGAAAAAAGUCACCAUGGCAACCAAAGAUGCAACCGAGGGAAAGCUCGCACCAAAUUAG